AUGUAUCUUUCUGGCCCCACUUCUGAGUACAGGGGCCGGCCAAGGCUUCCGACCCGGCAGCAUCGGGGCUCCCAGCGGGGACUCUGCGUGCCACAGAAGCUGCCGAAUCAUGGUCUUCAUUUGUCAGCUAUAAAGCACACACCAGAGGGACCCAAUUCUCACGCACUCUUGCCUGUUGGUUCUUUCCCCUUCACACAACAUCCUGCCUGUAUAUCGCAAGUAUCUUUCCUCGCCAGUCAUCCGUCUGUAACGACAGACAACCCUCUUGUACAACGAAGUCCCGUUGGCAAGGCUAAGAGAGUGUAUCACGAACAGAGUUUUCCACUGGAGAAUCACUUGUUUGAAUACAAGGCUCCUCAACUCUCAGGAGGCAACGUGAGAGCCGCCCUGCAGAGCUGGAUGGCACAGCAUCCGUCAGCGCCGCGAAAAGACGUCCAAAAUUUUCCAGAGCUAAAUAGAGUCACGUUACAAAACGGGGCCACGACCCCCAAACAAGUCUCAGCAUGCAGACGAAGCCAUGCGGUUACUCAAUCGCGACCUCGGAAUUCAUUUCGUCCUCUGUCGACGCGACCUGCCGGCAACGACCCAUUCUACACGUACGGUCACAGGAACCCACCGCGACCCGGAGUGGCGCCGCUCAUACAAAAUGUGUACGGUGUUGAACAUCUGCAGGAAUUGAAUCGAAAAUAUCAAGCGCACCAAAGAAACCGAAGAGCAGAGGAGAAGCAACUACGUCGAGUCGAACUCACGAAAGCAGCGUUCGGACACUCGCUAGCACGCAACUGGCGCCAUCCGAAAGCUGACGGUGCCCCUUCCCCCGGUGACAACCAUUCCGUAUUUCUACACCACGUGGGAAAUCAAAACGUGAAUACACUUGCGGCUGCAUGCCAGUUCAAAAUCAAAAAAUUCGGCAAGACUCCACCUCGUACUACAACGCGAUGGAAACGGUGUCCGACUUCAGAAACAGAGCAGUUGGGUCGAGACCCUGCUUAA